AUGAUCACUGCAGGAGUCAAUACUGGGUGUGGGGGCAAUGCAAACACACGUACAAGCAAGCUGCAAAUCAUCCAGCACUCAUUUUUUCAGCACCACCAGGCAGGCAUUCUUCCUCAGUUGGUCUAUCCUCGAGGCAAUACCUUGCGUGAUAUGAAUCAAGAAAGUCAAAGCCUGUCGCCCGAAAUCACUCGCGGCACUAUUCUCCUCCGCUGCAACUCUCUCCUCCGUGGUCACUCGGCCGUUAGAAUCGAGGUCAUCGAUCUCCUUCUUCGGGUCUUGAACGAGGGAUAUGUGCCACUAAUUCCCCUAAGGGGUAGCAUUUCCGCCUCGGGCGACCUGUCCCCUCUUUCAUACGUUGGGGGUCUGGUGGAGGGGAAUGCCGAUGUGUUUGUGCGGUUCGAGGAGGAAGACGGCAAGCAGACCAUUAUCUCCGCGGCAGGUACUCUGCAGCGCCUGGGUCUCGGUCCCCUCAAAUUGAAUGCCAAAGAGGGCCUGGGCGUCAUGAAUGGCACAGCUGUCAGUACCGCUGCGGCUGGCCUAGCUCUUUAUGAUUGCCACCAGAUGGCCCUCCUGGCGCAGGUCCUGACUGCCAUGGCGACCGAGGCGCUCCUUGGAACCGUGGACAACUAUCACGAGUUUAUCGCCCGAUGUCGUCCCCAUUGUGGGCAAACCGAAGUUGCCCGCAAUAUUAGAGGUUUCCUGCGGGGAUCUGCCCUCUGCCAUGAGACCGAUCCCAAGAAAACAGGGCUGGUGCAGGACAGUUACUCAUUACGAACUGCGCCCCAGUGGAUCGGUCCUCAUCUUGAAGAUAUUAUGUUAGCUGCACACCAGAUCGACGUUGAGUUGAACUCCACCACAGACAAUCCGUUGAUCGACGUCGAGGGGCAGCGCUUUCAUCACGGCGGCAACUUCCAAGCCGCGUCCGUGACCAGUGCAAUGGAAAAAUGCCGCUCGGGCCUAGUUAUGCUCGGAAAGAUGAUUCAAGGCCAAUGUGAAGAAUUGAUCAAUCCCUCACUCAGCAGGGGGCUGCCUGCAAAUCUAGCGUUGGACAAUCCUAGCCUAUCGUUCACAGUCAAGGGCCUCGAUAUCAACAUGACGGCAUAUUACUCAGAGCUUGCAUUCCUGAGCAAUUCGAUCAGCAACCACGUGCAUUCUGCCGAAAUGAAUAACCAAUCCGUCAAUUCACUGGCGCUGGUCGCGGCCCGAUAUACUGGUGAAUGUGUGCAAGUCUUGUCUAUGAUGUAUGCUGCCCACUUGUAUAUUCUGUGCCAAGCUUUGGAUAUCAGAGCUCUCAGCAUGGAUUUCUUUGCCAAGGCCAAGGCGAAAUCGAGAACGGUUUACCAGGAGAUCUUCGGGGGUGGUCUAGAGUUGGCUUUGAUCGAUUUUGAAUUGGUGUGGACACAGAUCAUUUCCACCUGGGAUCAGACAGGCCAUCUUGAUCUCGCAGAUCGGUGUAACCACGUUGCGAUGCAGUCAUUUGCUCAUCUCCUGGACGUAGCGAUGCGAGAAACGAAUGCUUCUUCGUCCACCUUGUGUGGCCAGGUUAAGCAGUGGAAGGACAGGCUGUUGGAGAUUAUGGCCACCUGCUACGACGAGGCCCGGCAGAAAUUCGUCAAGUCCCCCUCAACCUGCACCUACUUAGGUGAGGCGAGCAAAGCAAUGUACCAGCUUGUCCGAUGUGACCUUGAGAUCCCCUUGCAUCAAGGUAUCAGCGAUCAUCCACCACUUGCGGCAGCAGCAGGAGAAUCCGAAGGCAAAAGAACCAUUGGCUCGUAUGUAUCGCGAAUAUAUGUGGCACUGAGCGACGCGAGAUACGUCGAGCGACUUCGGAACCUGGUUGCUUCGGAAUGCAAGGCCGAAUAA